GUCACACUGAUUUCGAUCCGGGUCCGGAAUAUUAACGGUGCGGACUCAAGUGUUACUGGGACCUGCAGAAUGUUCUCCAGUCUGAAGCAGCGGGUCGAGGAUGUCCUCUUAGCGGGGGACGAGUUCUCCUUCGAGACCGACGACACCAUCUCUCUGACAGAGCCCGUGAAGCCGGAGAAGGCGGUGUGCGGUCCGGGGCUGCGGCGCAGCGGAGACCGUCUGGUGGUGUGUAAGAGCGGCGUGCUGCGGCACAAACCGCCCAACGUGUUCUGGAUAGACUCCCAGCAGCGAAGGUACGUCCCCGCAAAAGGAGAGACCGUCAUAGGGAUCGUCACGGCCAAAUCCGGAGACAUGUUCAAGGUGGACGUGGGAGGAAGCGAGCAGGCGUCUCUGUCCUACCUGGCGUUUGAGGGCGCCACCAAGAGGAACAGACCCAACGUCGUGGUGGGCGACCUGGUGUUUGCUCAGUUCAUCAUAGCUAAUAAGGACAUGGAGCCGGAGCUGGCCUGUAUGGACAGCUCAGGACGAGCCAGCGGGAUGGGAGUGUUUGGAGCAGGAGGUCUGAUGUUCACAGUGUCUCUGGGUCUGGUCAGAAGGCUGCUGUCCCCCCACAGUGAGGUCCGGUCCGACCUGGAGACUCUGUUCCCCUGUGAACUGGUGAUCGGCAUGAACGGCCGGCUCUGGGUCAGAUCCUCUAGCAUCCAGCAGACCCUGAUUAUCGCCAACCUGCUGCAGAGCUGUGAAACCAUGACGGCCCAGCAGAGGAAAGAACUGUUCAGGAGGGUCCAGCAGGGGGCGCUGUAGACUUCCUCUCAUUUGGUUCGUCUCUGCAGGAUCAGGUCAUGGGGGCGGAGUCUAUCCCAGCUGACCGAGGCUGAAGGCAGGAGACACCUGGACAGUCCAUCGCAGUCUGUUUGUGCAAAGCAAAUGUUCAGCAGACAAACGGUCACACAUUCAGAGUGACUGUUUGUCUGGUGAUCUAGCUGUGAGGCAUCCGUUACCAUGGUGAUCUAGCUGUGAGGCAUUAGUUACCAUGGUGAUCUAGCUGUGAGGCAUCCGUUACCAUGGUGAUCUAGCUGUGAGGCAUUAGUUACCAUGGUGAUCUAGCUGUGAGGCAUCCGUUACCAUGGUGAUCUAGCUGUGAGGCAUCCGUUACCAUGGUGAUCUAGCUGUGAGGCAUCCGUUACCAUGGUGAUCUGGCUGUGAGGCAUUAGUUACCAUGGUGAUCUAGUUGUGAGGCAUCCGUUACCAUGGUGAUCUAGCUGUGAGGCAUCCGUUACCAUGGUGAUCUGGCUGUGAGGCAUUAGUUACCAUGGUGAUCUAGUUGUGAGGCAUCCGUUACCAUGGUGAUCUAGCUGUGAGGCAUCCGUUACCAUGGUGAUCUAGCGGUGAGGCAUCCGUUACCAUGGUGAUCUAGCUGUGAGGCAUCCGUUACCAUGGUGAUCUAGCUGUGAGGCAUCCGUUACCAUGGUGAUGUUGCUGGUUAAAACAGAUCCUCCUUCAGGACACUAAAAACUCACCAGACCUGCUGACAGACUCACUCCUCCAGAGUUCAGCUCUCUGGACUCUACCAGCACCAAUAAAAACAGAGACAUGAGCUCA